AUGCAGGAGCCAGUUUCUGGAGACACGAACAUGGCCUCUCCCUCAUUGAAAACAUCAGUGGUGAACCCUGCUGCCAACCCCCGACGCAUGCGACGGAUCAUUGCUGAGGAUCCUGAGUGGUCCCUGGCCAUUGUUCCACACCUCAGUGAGCUCUGCCUCCAGCACAUCGUCAGCAACUUUGAAAAGAAUCCUGUUGUGGACCGUCUCCUGCCAGAGCACCAAAGGAAGGUGCUGGACAGGAUUUCCACAGGCCUGCCCCUCACAGUGACCGCCAACCUGAUCAGCGACGAAGGCUACUGGAAGAGGUGCUGUACUGAGCGCUGGGCAGUGUGUGAUGUCUCCCGCUAUGGGGGCAGCUGGAAACGGAUGUUCUUUGAACGCCACCUGGAGAGCAUCCUGAAGUACUUCAUCCCUAACACAACCGACCCCAAUCAAGUCCUGGAGGUCAUCCCACUCUGCAAGGAGUAUGUGAGGAAGCUGGAAAUCGAUCAGUUCCUCCCACCGGUGAAGCUGGAUCAGAACAAGGAAGAGGAUGACAUGUCCGAUUCUGGGAGUGAUGUUGGGGUCGAUGAAUUCUGCAUGCAUCACUAUGACCUAGGAGUGCUCACUGCUGCCCUCUCUCACCUUGAAGAGCUGCAUCUGAUGUAUGGUGUGAAAGACUGUGGCAUGAACUUCGAGUGGAGCCUCUUUGACUUCACCUAUCAGGACUGUUGCUCUCUGGCCAAUGCUUUCAAGAAGUGCCACGCCUUGAAAGUCUUCAAGCUGUGCCGGAGCAAAGUGGAUGACGAAAAGACACGGGUGCUGAUACGGAAUUUGUUAGAUCACCCAUGCUUGGUGGAGCUGGACUUGUCCCAUAAUCUGAUCAGGGACCGGGGAGCACGAGCCAUUGGCAAGCUGAUCAACCGUAGCAAGCUAGAAAUUCUCAACCUGUGUAAUAACCGGAUCCGGGCCCCAGGAGCCCAGGCUAUUGCUCAUGCCCUAGGCAAGAAUUCUACGCUGAUCUCUCUGAACCUGCGCAUCAACUGCAUUGAGGAUGAGGGCGGCCAGGCAGUAGGCCAUGCCCUGCUGACUAAUGCCACCUUGACAUCUAUCCAUCUGGGAGGCAACGAGUUGUCAGAGCCGACAGCUACGCUGUUCUCCCAGGUCCUUGCUCAGAACACAGCUCUGACUAGCAUCAACCUUGCAUGCAACCACAUAGGGCUGGAUGGUGGGAAGCAGCUGCUGGAAGGAAUGUCGGAUAACAAGACCGUGACUGAAUUUGACCUGCGACUGGCAGAGGUGGGGCAAGAGAGCGAGUACCUCAUUAACCAAGCCCUGAAGGCUAACCAGGAAAUUGCCCGUCUGAAAACCUUGUACCAGCCAAACUCCUUGGAAGAGAAAUCCCCAGAUCUGGAUUAG